CUGGAGUUAUAAAACAAUUGUCCCCCAGCAUCGCUUUUCAAGAUGAUAGCCUUUACUACCAGUUUCGAAUUGAAGAUAUGAAGACAUCGAAGCUGAUGAAUGUUGUGAACCUGAGCGAGCUAGAUAAGAACAAGCAAAUCACGACCUCUACAAAAAAGGACGGAACACCGAUCAAAAAUAUCGUGCAUUUCUUUGAUGACAUGGCCAAACUUCAGGUCAACAAGUCAAAAGAACUAAACAGACGGCGCCAUUCAAGCUUCGACACGCCUCCAAAUACUCCUCCAAACAUGGAAGACGUUCAAAUUUCGCCCAGACCAGUCGUACUAAGAGACGUGACCGUUGAAGAGUUAGAAGACAGAAGAAACCCGUACGUCAUGACAAAAAUAUCUGCAGUUACUGAAGCUAAAUAUAUUAAACUCUCUCAAGGCUGGCAAGUUUGA